AUGGCGACAGCGGGCAAAAUCAUUCCUGUCAAUAACGAAGAAGCUCUCUCAGUCCCGACAAAAAUUGCUGCCAAGAAACUCUCAGUCGGUGGGGUAAUUGCUGUGCCCACAGAUACAAUCUAUGGCAUUGCAGGUUCUGCCCAAAAUGACCAGGCUGUUGGUAGAAUUUACAAAAUCAAAAAAAGAAACCCGUUAAAGCCAAUUGCAAUCAGCAUUGCUGAUGUAACUGAUGUCCAAAAGUGGGGUGUUUUAACUGUACCAAUAAAUCUGUUAUGUGAUCUGCUGCCCGGUCCUGUGACAUUAGUCUUUGAGCGGACACCUUUGCUGAAUCCAAGAUUGAAUCCAGACACAAAAUUAGUAGGAAUCAGGAUUCCUGAUCAUAAGUUUGUUCGAAUGUUAGCAAAAGCAAUUGGUGGACCUUUGGCACUGACCAGUGCCAAUGUUAGUGACCAACAAAGUACUCUGUCCAUUCAGGAGUUUGAGAAUUUGUGGCCCAAAUUGGACCUUAUCUGUGAUGGUGGUACAAUUGAAAGCUGUACCUGUUCACGUCAAGGUUCAACUGUCAUUGAUCUCAGUGUUCCUGGAAAGUUUAAGGUUUUAAGAGAUGGCAGUGCCUACAGGGAGACGAUAAUGGUGCUGAAAGACAAAUACAGUCUUGAAGAAGUUGUUCUAUGUCUGGCCUUGUUAUCCUGCUCUCUUUCUCUUCCUGAUGGGCUACUAUCUAUUCUUCACCUUUACAUGUAG